GUCCAAUCAGGCACGCAGCUGGAGCAGACAAGAUGGCUUCCGGGAUUUGGCGGCGCCUUUGUCUCUCGCUGCAGCCGGAGCUCCAGGUCUCGCUUUCACUGCUCUGUGUCCUCUGCUCCUAGAGGUCCAGCCUCUGUGGGCCUGUGACCUGCAGAAAUUGAGAGAUCCACAGCUAAGACUCCAGGACCCCCUGGAAGCCUAGAAAUGGGACUGUUGACAUUUAGGGAUGUGGCCAUAGAAUUCUCUCUGGAAGAAUGGCAAUGCCUGGACACUGCACAGCGGAAUUUAUAUAAAAAUGUGAUUUUAGAGAACUACAGAAACCUGGUCUUCCUGGGUAUUGCUGUCUCUAAGCAAGACCUGAUCACCUGUCUGGAGCAAGAAAAAGAGCCUUUGGCUGUGAAGAGACAUGAGAUGGUGAAUGAACCCCCAGUAAUGUGUUCUCAUUUUGCCCAAGAGUUUUGGCCAGAGCAGAACAUAAAAGAUUCUUUUGAAAAAGUGACAUUGAGAAGAUAUGAAAAAUGUGGAAAUGAUAAUUUUCAGUUAAAAGGCUGUAAAAGUGUGGAUGAAUGUAAGGUGCACAAGGGAGAUUAUAAUGGACUUAACCAAUGUUUACCAACUAUGCAGAGCAAAAUGUUUCAAUGUGAUAAAUAUGUGAAAGUCUUUAAUAAAUUUUCACAUUCAGAUAGACAUAAGAUAAAACAUAUGGAAAAUAAACCUUUCAAAUGUAAAGAAUGUGGCAGAUCAUUUUGCAUGCUUUCACACCUAACUCGACAUGAAAGAAAUUAUACCAAGGUGAAUUUCUGCAAAUGUGAAGAAUGUGAAAAAGCUGUUAACCAAUCUUCAAAGCUUACUAAACAUAAAAGAAUUUAUACUUGUGAGAAACUCUACAAAUGUCAAGAAUGUGACAGAACUUUUAACCAAUUCUCAAACCUUACUGAAUAUAAAAAAGAUUAUACUCGAGAGAAACCAUACAAAUGUGAAGAAUGUGGCAAAGCCUUUAACCAGUCCUCACACCUUACUACACAUAAGAUAAUUCAUACAGGAGAGAAACCCUACAAAUGUGAAGAAUGUGGCAAAGCCUUUAACCAGUUCUCAAAUCUUACUACACAUAAAAAAAUUCAUACUGGAGAGCAACCCUACAUAUGUGAAGAAUGUGGCAAGGCUUUUACCCAAUCCUCAACCCUUACUACACAUAAGAGAAUUCAUACUGGAGAAAAACCCUACAAAUGUGAAGAAUGUGGAAAAGCUUUUAACCGAUCCUCAAAACUUACUGAACAUAAAAACAUUCAUACUGGAGAGCAACCCUACAAAUGUGAGGAAUGUGGCAAAGCUUUUAACCGAUCCUCAAAUCUUACAGAACAUAGGAAAAUUCAUACCGAAGAGAAACCCUACAAAUGUAAAGAAUGUGGCAAAGCUUUUAAACACUCCUCAGCCCUUACUACACAUAAGAGAAUUCACACUGGAGAGAAACCCUACAAAUGUGAAGAAUGUGGCAAAGCUUUUAACCGAUCCUCAAAACUUACUGAACAUAAGAAACUUCAUACUGGAAAGAAACCCUACAAAUGUGAAGAAUGUGGCAAAGCUUUUAUCCAAUCCUCAAAACUUACUGAACAUAAGAAAAUUCAUUCUGGAGAGAUACCCUACAAGUGUGAAGAAUGUGGCAAAGCUUUUAAACACUCCUCAUCCCUUACUACACAUAAAAGAAUUCAUACUGGGGAGAAACCCUACAAAUGUGAAGAAUGUGGCAAAGCUUUUAGCCGAUCCUCAAAACUUACUGAACAUAAGAUAAUUCAUACUGGAGAGAAACCCUAUAAAUGUGAGAGAUGUGACAAAGCUUUUAACCAAUCUGCAAACCUUACUAAACAUAAAAAAAUACAUACUGGAGAGAACUACAAAACUGGAAUGUGUGAUAAUGAUUUUGACAACACCUCAAAUUUUUCUAAAUAUAAAGGAAAUCAUACUGGUGAAAAAUUCUAGAAAUGUAAAGAAUGUGUCAAAGACUUUAAAUGGUUUUCACACUUCAUUGUAUGUAAGAUAAUUCAUACUGGAGAAAACUACAAGUGUGAAGAAUUUGGCAAUACUGUUAAUUAAGGCUCAAACCUUAUUGCACAGGAAAGCAUUUAUACUUAAGAAAAAUUGUACAAAUAUAAAGAGUGUAAAAUAGCCAUUAAUAUCUGUUGACAUCUUAAUAUCAGAAUGUUGGUACUUAAUAAAAGCAUUAUAAAUGCAA